AUGUUGGUCAGCUACGCUUUUGCUUCUGAAGCUCUGAGUGAUAAAAUCCAGUUCCCAUUUGUCUAUCGGAUGGUCCCCAAAGAAGAACAUCUGUACCACAUGAUUGCCAAGUUACUCCAGCACUUUGGGUGGAACUGGGUCAGCCUUGUUUCUCCAGACACGUAUAAUGGAGAAAGGUUCAUGAGGACUUUGAGCCCAGUCUUAACCAGGAAUGAGAUUUGUGUUGCUUUCUCGUUGAAGAUCCAAGGACACAAGGCAUUCCCAUUAUUGCCCCUUGAAGCAUUAUUCAUGUGGAAUAAUGUCACUGUCUUCAUUUAUUAUGCGGAGGUGCGUUUCUUUUACGGCAUCAUAAGAACUUUACAGGUCAUGGUGACUACGAUAUUUAAGAUCCCCAUUGUGGGGAAAAUCUGGAUCACAACAGCUUUGUGGGACCUGACAUUGAAUUUCGCUUAUGGUAUUUUUGCCAACAAGGAAAUCCACGGCCUUUUCUCUUUCAUGUGUCAUCAGGAGAAAAGGGUUACCAAUGACAAUUUUCAAACCUUUUUUGAUACCAUGAACAAGUUUGGAUUGGCAGCCUUUGAAUGUGUGCUUUCAAAGGCUCCAUUGUCAGUCAAAUGGAGGAGAAGAUGCAAGAAGCAGGAGAUUCUGGAGGUCCCAAGUGAAGAGUUUGUGGAGAGGAUUUUUUCCAUGGACAGCUACCGCAUUUCCAGUCUUGUGCAGGUUGUGGCAAGGGCCAUCGAUAGGGCCCGGUCUUGGAGAACCCACAAGAUAAGACCUGGAGGUGGUGCUUUGCUCAUGCAAAGCUUCAUUGCCUCCUACUUGAUCUCCCUGCUGCUGGAUUCAUUCUGCCCUGCUGAGAAAACUGUGCUUUUUGAAAUGCCAUCAAGGGUUGCAAUGAAGAAAGGGAUUCUGGUGGACAUAAUCAAGUCCCAGAAAUUUCUGCUGUUGUUGCUUCUGGUUCUGCUGUCCAGUGCAACCGGUGACAGAAAAUGUCUCCUUAAUUUCGUCAAGGACAGCAAUGCUGUCUACACUUACUAUCAGUCAGGAGAUCUCAACAUCGGUGGGAUUAGUUCUGCCACAACAGUUAAGCUCAAGCCAGCUGUCUUCUAUAAGCCUCCCGUCACCAGUCUUGAGGGGGUGGGACCAUUUAUCUUCUGGAAUCUCCUGUCCUUCUCCUUUGCCACCGAGGAGAUCAACCAAAACGCCAAGCUCCUCUCCAAUGUCACUCUGGGCUACAACUUCUAUGACAAUUAUUACGAGGCUGGGAUGACCUACGAUGCCAUGGCAGACCUUCUCUCAACCGGGGAAGCCAGCGUGCCCAACUACAGCUGUGGAAAAGCAAGAAAUCUCUUGGCGAUGAUUGAAGGAGUGGAGUCGGAGGCUUCCAGUCAGAUUUCAAUCAUGUCCAGCAUCUACAAAAUACCACAGCUUCACCCUUUCCUGGGAAACACCCAGUUCUACAACUCCUCUCUAGAAGGAGUAUAUUUGGAUGACAAAGGGGAGUUGAGUGCCAGUUUUGAUAUUGUGAAAUGGGAGACCUUCUCGAACCACGCUACCCGUGCCACCAAAUUUGGAGAAAUACACAGACAUUGGGGCUCCUCAGAGACCAAUUUUAUCCUUGAUCAGGAUAGGUGGUCCAGGCAUUUUAGCCAGACAUUUCGUCAUUCCAGGUGUACUAGAAGAUGUCAUCCCGGAGAAGCCAAAACGGUAUUGGAGGGAAAACCGCUUUGCUGCUAUGGCUGUUCCUUGUGUGCAAAAGGGACCAUCUCGAAUCAGGAAGAUGCAGAUUAUUGCAGCAAGUGUCCUGCUGAUCAGCAUCCAGAUGAGGCCCAAGUUCAAUGUCUCCCCAAGAUCCACACCUUCCUGUCCUACAAAGACUAUUUGGGAAUCUUCCUGACUUCCUUUGCCCUCUUCUUCUGCUUAAUCACAGCCUUUGUGUUAAUCAUCUUCAUUAAGUACCUGGAAACUCCUUUGGUCAAAGCCAACAAUCAAGACCUUUCCUUCGUUCUCCUCAUCUCCCUCCUAUUUUCUUUCUUGUCCUCCUUCUUAUUUAUUGGUCAGCCAAGGACUACCACUUGCCUUCUCCGACAAACCGUCUUUAGCAUCAUCUUUUCAGUUGCUGUCUCUUCUGUUUUGGCCAAAACAGUCACAGUGGUGCUGGCCUUCUUGGCAACAAAACCAGGAAGCAAGGCAAGGAAGUGGCUCGGGAAGAGCUUGGCCAACUCCAUUAUUAUUUCUUGUUCUGGCAUCCAAAUGGUCAUGUGUACAUUCUGGCUGGGAAUCUCUCCUCCAUUUCCUGAGUCUGAUAUGCAGUCACAGUCUGGAGAGAUCAUCCUGCAAUGCAAUGAAGGCUCUGUCGCCAUGUUUUAUGGUGCCCUUAGCUACAUGGGCUUCCAAGCUGCUGUCUGCUUUGUAGUGGCUUUCCUGGCCAGGAACCUCCCUGGGGCUUUCAAUGAAGCCAAGCUGAUCACCUUCAGCAUGCUGAUUAACCAGGAUCCCCAGGUUUGGCCCAAUGUCACCCUGGGCUAUGACAUUUACGAGAACUAUUAUCAUCCAAGAAUGACCGCCGAAGCCCUGGCAGACUUGCUCUCCACUGGACAGGCAAAUGUUCCAAACUACAUUUGUGGAAGAGAGAAGAGGCUGCUGGCUGUGAUUGAAGGGGUUGAAUCUGACAUUUCUGAGCAGAUUUCCACCAUGAUGAGCCUCUACAAAAUGCCACAGGUCAGUCACGGUUUUGUGUCUGAAAAGCUGAAUGACAAAACCCAGUUCCCCUUCAUCUACCGGAUGGUCCCCAAAGAAGAAUACUUGUAUUGGGGAAUUGCCAAAUUGCUCCAACAUUUUGGGUGGAAUUGGCUUCAUCCUUUCCUGGGAGAUUCCCACUUCUACAAUACUUGCAUGGAGGGAGUUUUUCUGGAUGAGAAAGGGGACCUUGCUGCCAAGUUUGAUACUGUGAACUGGGUGACCUUUCCCAAUGAGUCCUUCAAUGCCGUGAAGUUUGGGAGGAUAGAUAGACCCUGGGGGUCCAAAGAUCUGGAAUUUAUCCUUGACCAGGAGGCCAUGAAUUGGCCCCAACGGUUUAACCAGGACAUGCUGAACCACUUAGCCAAGGGCAAGGUGUUCACCAAACUAGACUUAAGGGAGGCGUAUUACCAAAUACAAAUCAGAGAGGGGGAUGAGUGGAAAACUGCCUUCAACUACCCCAUGGGUAUCUUCUGGUUCAUGCCGUUUGGCUUACAAGGGGCCCCUGCAGGCUUCAUGCAAUUCAUCAACAAGGUGCUACAUGAACACCUUUACAAGAGAGUGCUUGCUUAUCUCAAUGACAUCCUCACCUUUAUGGGACCCUGGAGGAACAUGUAA